CUUUUACAACACUGAACACACUCUAUCAUAGGCGAAAGUAGAGAGGCACUGUAAGAAGAUCCCAAUUCCCAAAGUAGUUAUUGGAAGAAGCUUUCUGCUCGACAUUGGAAUACUAAAGGGAGCCAAGCAAAGCCCAGAAAAUCUCGAAACCAGAGGGUAGCAAUGGGGUUCACGAUGGGUCUGAACAUGGUUCUUCUGUUGGCUAUGGUAGCCACCAACAUCCUCUCUCUCUACCAUCUCUCCUCCAACAUCCAAUCUAAGUCCCCUACCCCAGCAGUCACCCCAGUGCCUGACCACCUCCUCCGCCAGCUCCAGACCAUACGCGCCACCAUCAACCACCUCACCUCUCUCCACCCGCCCACUCCUCCAUCUUCCAACAAGAAAGCUUCCCCCACCAUUCCCUCUGAUCUUCUCCUCUACGCCCAUAUGUCUCCCAUAGCUUCUGCUUGCAAAGACUAUCCUGAUUUGCUCCACCAAUACAUGAAUUACACCCCCUUCCACCUCUGCCCCUCUGAUUCUUCAAUUUCCGAGUCUCUGAUUCUCCGCGGGUGCCACCCUCUUCCCCGUCGGCGAUGCUUCUCCCGGACCACCGCAGUUACUCCUACCUCCCUCCCGAAAAAUCCGUUUUCCGGCUUGCCGGACAAUGCUGUCAUUUGGAAGAACUACGACUGCAAGAGCUUCAGCUGCUUGUCCAAGUCGAACCCUGGAUUGGGAUUUGAUAUGAAAUUCGAGCAAUCGAGGUUCUUAUCGGCCAAAUCAGAUCUGGAUCUGUCAAUUCCACAACUAGUCCAGAUCGCUAAGUCUGCGAGAAGUGUGAUUAGGCUGGGGCUGGACAUAGGCGGUGGGACCGGCACCUUUGCGGCCAAAAUGAAGCUUCAAAAUGCCACUGUGGUGACGACCACCAUGAAUCUCGGAGCACCCUACAAUGAGGCGGUGGCACUGAGGGGGUUGGUCCCACUACACGUGCCACUGCAGCAAAGGCUGCCGGUGUUUGAUGGAGUGAUGGAUGUAGUGAGGUGUGGGCAUGCCGUGAACAGGUGGAUUCCGGUGACUAUGAUGGAAUUCUUGUUCUAUGAUGUGGACAGGGUGUUGAGAGGUGGUGGGUACUUAUGGUUGGACCAUUUCUUCAGUAAAAGAUUGGAUCUUGAAAAGAUAUAUCGGCCUAUGAUCUGGAAGUUAGGGUACAAGAAGGUGAAGUGGGCAGUGGCAAAUAAGACCGAUUCAAGUGGUGUGAAGAAUCAGGAGGUGUAUUUGACAGCCCUUCUUCAGAAGCCGGUGUAGAGAUGAGACGUAAAAGUUGAGGAGCUACUACUAUCAUUGGCUACUGCAAUGACAAAACUCGCUCCCUCUCAAAUGUUCAUUCAGUCUAUA